AGCCAUCAAACCGAUUUCACUCGAUUUGCGUUUUUCCAAAACCCUGAACCUCUCCGCCCCUACACCUACGGUGGAGUUCUUCGCCGCCGCAGCUGCCGUCGCCGCCGUACAUUUAUUUUCCGCAAGAUUGUGAAGAGGUGGACAGGAUGGGUAUAUUCGAGCCAUUUCGAGCAAUCGGAUACAUAAGCACCAACGUCCCCUUCUCGGUUCAGCGGUUGGGCACCGAGACGUUUGUCACCGUCAGCGUUGGCAAAGCCUUCCAAAUAUACAACUGCGCGAAGCUCAAUCUAGUCAUUGUUGGUCCGCAGCUGCCAAAGAAGAUUCGGGCUUUGGCCUCUUAUCGCAACUAUACGUUUGCUGCAUACGGACAGGAUAUAGCUGUUUUUAAGCGUGCCCAUCAGGUGGCAACUUGGGCUGGCCAUAAGGCUAAGGUAAAUCACUUACUUCUCUUUGGUGAACAUAUCUUGAGCACUGAUGUUAAAGGCAAUGUUUUCAUCUGGGCCUUUAAAGGAGUGACUGAGAACCUUUCUCCAGUUGGUCAUAUUUCACUAGAAAGCAGCUUCACGCCGAGUUGCAUAAUGCAUCCUGAUACUUACCUGAACAAGGUAAUUAUGGGAAGUCAAGAAGGUUCCCUGCAGCUAUGGAACAUUAGCACUAAGAAAAAACUUUACGAGUUCAAAGGGUGGAAUGCAGCCAUAUGUUGUUGUGUUUCAUCACCAGCACUGGAUGUUGUUGGUGUUGGUUGUUCUGAUGGAAAGGUUCAUGUUCACAACAUUCGAUAUGAUGAAGAAGUUGUUACAUUUAGUCACUCUACUCGGGGUUCAGUGACUGCCUUAGCUUUCAGCACUGAUGGACAACCCCUUUUAGCUUCUGGUGGUUCAUCCGGUGUCAUAAGUAUAUGGAAUCUUGAGAAGAGGAGACUUCAGUCAAUCAUUGGAGAGGCCCAUGACUGUUCUAUAGUGUCCCUACACUUCCUCGCAAAUGAACCUGUACUGAUGAGCUCAUCUGCAGACAACUCUUUAAAAAUGUGGAUUUUCGAUACUACUGAUGGAGAUCCUCGACUUCUACGAUUUAGAAGUGGACACAGUGCUCCUCCCUUGUGUAUCAAAUUCUAUGCAAACGGAAGACACAUUCUAUCUGCAGGCCAGGAUCGUGCUUUUCGGCUCUUUUCUGUCAUCCAGGACCAGCAAAGUAGAGAACUUUCUCAACGCCAUGUGUGCAAAAGGGCAAAAAAGCUCAAGAUGAAGGAGGCCGAAAUAAAACUCAAACCUGUUAUUGCGUUUGAUGUUGCUGAGAUUAGGGAGAGAGACUGGUGCAAUGUAGUAACAUGCCACGUAGAUACACCUCAGGCAUACGUUUGGAGGCUGCAAAAUUUUGUGAUUGGCGAGCACGUACUAACGCCCUGUCCACAAGAUCCAACCCCUGUUAAAACCUGUGCCAUCAGUGCAUGUGGCAAUUUUGCAGUUUUAGGGAAUGCAGGUGGUUGGAUUGAGCGAUUUAACCUUCAGUCAGGAAUUAGUCGAGGAAGCUACAUUGAUGUUUCAGAGAGAAAGCCAUGUGCUCACAAUGGAGAAGUUGUUGGUGUUGCAUGUGAUUCAACAAACACUGUAAUGAUAAGUGCAGGUUUCUAUGGAGAUGUGAAGGUUUGGGAUUUCAAAGGGCGUGAAGUAAAAUCCAGAUGGGAAAUUGGUUGUUCGCUGGUCAAGAUUGUUUAUCAACGUUCCAAUGGUCUUUUAGCUACUGUAGCUGAUGAUUUUGUUAUCCGCGUAUUUGAUGUUGUCUCAUUGAAGAUGGUUAGGAAAUUUGAAGGCCACUCUGACCGUGUAACAGAUAUGUGCUUCAGUGAAGACGGAAAGUGGCUUUUGACAUCCAGCAUGGAUGGGACUCUCAGAAUAUGGGAUGUAAUCCUUGCUCAACAAAUAGAUGCCAUACAUGUUGAUGUGUCUAUAACAGCGCUGUCUCUAUCGCCAAAUAUGGAUGUACUAGCAACCACACAUGUGGAUCAGGUUGGGGUUUACCUAUGGGUUAAUCAAGAAAUGUUUUCUGCUCCUGCAAAAGCCGGUUCCUAUGGCAGCGGCAAUGAAGUCGUAAGUGUCAACUUGCCUUCCAUCUCAUCAGUGAAGAUGUCUACAGACGGUGAUUCUGACAACUCCAAAGUAAACUCUGUAGAGACACAUGAUACUUAUCACUCCAUUCCAGACCAACAGAUACCCAACCUUGUGACUCUUUCACUGUUGCCCAAGACUCAGUGGCAAAGCUUGAUCAAUUUGGAUCUUAUAAAGGAGAGGAACAAACCAAUCGAGCCACCAAAGAAACCUGAAAAGGCCCCUUUCUUCUUACCUUCAAUUCCAACUCUUUCUGGGGAGAUUGUGUUUAAACCUAGAGAAUCUGCUGACGACAAGAAAGAUUUACAAAUUGCUGAAACUGAGAAGACACAGGAAAAAUCUGAUGUAUUAGUAUCUCAAUUUCUGCAGUACCUUCUGUCCUCAGCAGAGAAAAAGAAUUUUGCAGCAUUUACGGAUUAUGUUAAAGGCUUAUCGGCUUCAAGCUUGGACAUGGAACUCCGUAUGCUUCAGAUUGUAGAUGAUGAUGACAGCCAAGAGCCAAGCAAUAGGCCGGAACUGCAGUUUAUUGAACUUCUACUGGAUUAUUUUAUACAAGAGAUUUCAUUUAAAAAUAACUUCGAGUUCCUACAGGCUAUGAUCAGAUUAUUCUUGAAGAUUCACGGUGAAAGCGUACGCCGCCAGCCAGUUUUACAGCAAAAAGCAUGUAAACUGCUCGAGAUUCAGUCCACUGUAUGGCAAAGUAUAGAUUAUUUAUUCCAGAGCACAAGAUGCAUGGUCACAUUUCUCAGCAACUCACAAUUUUGAGUAUAAUUGGAUGAUAUAUUUUGUUGUAAUUCGACACUACUUUUGAAUCAGAUUAGUUAAUGAGGAUUUUAUAUCCUUGCUAUAUUCCAUGUAAUCAGUUGAUGACUGGAUGUGCAACACAUCUAUCUUUUUGUUCUUGUGAGUGAUACUAGUCCUCUUGCAUGGUAGUAUAUUAAAAAUGUAUUGAUUUUUGUCA